AUGUUGAAGAGCAAGAAAAAGGAUAAGGAAGGAAAGGAGAAGGAGAAAGAUAAGAUGGAUAAGAAAGAUAAGAAAAAGGAUGAUAAAGACCCACCGAAGGAGAUACCCACCAUUCAAACCGAAGAUGUUGGAGGAGAUGUUAUUCCAGCGGAUGCCCCUCCUCUCACCAGUUUAAAAAAAGGCAACUAUGGAGGAGGACCAGUUAUCCCACGUCGUGAUAGGCGGCAAUCCAGCAGUUUAUUUAAUAUUUCUACAAACCGAGAGCUUACAAAGCUCCCAAAUCUGAAAGAUGCUGACCCUCUUGAACGGGAAGAGCUGUUCAUUCAAAAAAUCCGCCAAUGCUGUGUUGUGUUCGAUUUCGCUAAAGAUCCCCUGAGUGACUUGAAGUAUAAAGAGAUUAAACGUGCUUGUCUCAACGAGCUUGUUGAAUAUGUAUCAACAUAUGACGAUAUCUUGACUGAAAAUAUUUAUCCCGAAGCUAUUAACAUGUUCGCCGUUAAUCUUUUCCGUCCUUUGUCUCCGCCAACUAAUCCAUCCGGAGCUGAGUACGAUCCGGAUGAAGAUGAACCUACCUUAGAGGCUGCAUGGCCUCAUCUGCAGAUGGUUUACGAGUUCUUCCUUCGCUUCCUCGAGCUGAAUAAAUUCCAAGCUGCCAUUGCCAAGAAGUACAUUGACCACAAGUUCCUUCUACGGCUCCUCAUGAUUAUGGACUCCGAAGACCCGAGAGAACGUGAUUUCUUAAAAACAACUCUCCAUCGGAUAUAUGGGAAAUUCCUGGGGCUACGAGCUUUCAUUAGAAAACAAAUGAAUAAUGUAUUUUAUUGUUUCAUCUAUGAAACUGAGAGACACAAUGGAAUUGCUGAGCUAUUAGAGAUUUUAGGUAGUAUUAUCAAUGGCUUUGCCCUACCAUUAAAAGAAGAACACAGAACGUUCUUACUCCGAGUUCUGUUGCCACUCCAUAAGGUGAAAUCUUUAUCGGUUUAUCACCCCCAGCUAGCAUACUGCGUCGUUCAAUUCUUAGAAAAGGAUUCAUCGAUCACAGAACCGGUUGUUCUGGGUCUAUUGAAGUUCUGGCCUAAAGUACAUAGUCCUAAAGAAGUGAUGUUCCUCAAUGAGUUGGAAGAAAUUCUUGACGUAAUUGAACCCAAUGAGUUCCAAAAAGUGAUGAUCCCAUUGUUCACACAAUUGGCUAGAUGUGUUUCGAGUCCUCACUUCCAAGUAGCGGAGAGGGCAUUGUAUUAUUGGAAUAACGAGUACGUAAUGUCUUUGAUCAAUGAUAAUUGUGCUGUGAUUCUACCAAUCAUUUUCCCAGCUUUGUUUAAGAACAGCAAAACUCAUUGGAACAAGACCAUUCACGGACUUAUUUAUAAUGCUGUCAAAUUGUUAAUGGAAAUGAAUCAGCGACUUUUCAAUGAGAGCACCCAAGCUUUUGUUAAGGAAAGACAGAAUGAGAAACAGCGUAUGGAAGAAAAGCAAAAACAGUGGCGGAAAAUAGAGGAAACGGCUAGAAGUAACCCAUUGUUCGAUGAACUAAAAAGUAUUUAUGACUUUGACAAUAUGUACGUUAUGAACGGCUUUAUUGACGAAGGAGCAUCUCUCACACCUCUUAAUAAGGAUGAUGUUCUGAGAAAUUCCAUUCCAAAAGAUGCUGUUGAGGAGCUUUACAAGCGAGAUCAAGACUUAAGCAUAAAGAGAACUGAACUCCCACCCGAUCAAUAUACUGAACAAGCGUUAGACGAAUUUAAAAGGCAUGAUAAAUAUCUGAAGAAAUUAGGAGAUGCUGAGUAA